AUGCUGGAACGUGCGGUGGAAGAUCCUCAAUGGCUGAACGCAGCGAGAAUCUUGCUCCACGUGGGUGCGAGCACCACUGCCACGCUGCACGGCCAACCCCUCUUGAGCUUUGUGCAGGAGCAGGCCGACAACAACCAAGCGGGUUUCAAUGAUCUCCUGGAGCCAUUCCUGCGGCGGCUGGGCCAGGACAUCGACCCAUGGGUGCAGCCAACAGCGUUGUUGGAGGAUCGGACAGCCGAGUGUCCAAUAUGCCUUGAGACGCUUUGGACCUCGACUCCCACGGCGUUUGUGAAGCUCGUCGAAGGUGGCGGACAGAGCGUCUUCCAUGUGAUUUGCGCGCACUUCUUCUGCUUUGACUGUGCCAGCCAGCAGUACAUGAAGCAGCAGCAGGCGCAGGCGAACGAGUACUUCUGCCCGACAUGUCGCGCCACAGCUCACGAGGUCAUGCCCAUGCCCGACAUUGCCGUGAAUCCCAGGCUGUGGUUUCAGUUUCUGGAUGUGAACCGAUCCGGGGAGAUUGACCAAAACAUGGCAGUUCAAGCAUUGGAGGCCAUGCUACCCAUCGACACGGAACGCCUCCAUGAGUCCAUCGCUGGCGGGUGGGCAGCUUGGGCCAAGGGUCAUGUCACGGAGAACGACUUCUUUUCGAAAGGAGGCCUUCUGGAAUGGAUCCGUGCCCAUCAGCAUGACCUCGCUAAUGCGGUGAAGCGGGGUGCUGCACCUUCGUUGCCGGCAGAUGACCUCCAAGACUGGUUUCGGCAUUGGGAUGUGGAGCAUCGAGGAACCCUCGACAAGGGCCAGGUGCUGCGUGCCUUGUGCGAGGCUUCCAAAACUUCGUCGCUGGAAACAAGGCGCAUCCAGGAGCUCAAGGAAGGAAUCACAAAAGUCUGGGACAAGUACGACUUGUCCCUCGGUUUGACGCGCCAGCACUGCAAAGAGCCAAAGCUGGCGGCAGAUCUCGCAGCAUUGGCAGAGAAGGUGGCUGGAAUGGCAUCUUAG